AUGCUGUAUGAUCUGAUACUUAUUCAGGUGCACCUCGGAGACUUGCGCAUUGAUUCAAGAGACCCCAGCACAUUAAUUUUGGUUAAAUCUAUAACACCGCCCUACAUCUACUCCUCCACUAUCAUCAUCGUGGAAGAUGAGGCUGGUGAUGUGGCGAGACUCACGGUUUGUAAUUUGGAACACACGAUGAUUGACCCCCUUAUUUCCGAAGGCGACAUCCUUGCUAUCAAGCAACCAUGCUGGAGUCGACUCCUUGACGGAGGCUAUCACAUCCGCGUUGAUCACCCUUCUGACCUUGUUCAACUUCAGCCAAACGAUGACCUAGUGAAUGAGGGCUGGAGGAUAUCGGAAGAUAUGGAGUUAGGUAAGGAUGCUACUGAGUGGAAGAAAGAGGGUGACAUGAUGUUCUUGAAAAAGCGAUUUCGGAAAGCUCUUAAAUGCUACGACCACGGCCUCCGAUACCUCUCCACGCACCCCAGCUCCGCCUCGUCAAUCGAUCUCUACCGCAAAAAAUGCGGUGUGAACAUUGUCCUCCUGCGUCUCGACGCCGCCGCCGAAGACCUCUCUCUUGCCAUCUCCCUCUACGCUCUCUCCAACCCAUCCCUAACCACAUCUCCCCUCGUCAACCCUUCCAUCAUCGAAUCCUGGUUACACAGCCAUUCCACCUCCGACCCAUUAAACAUCUCCGCCCUGGUCUCCCACCCUCUCCGCUCUCUUGCCGCCCGUAUCAAAUUCGAUCUCGGGAUCUUCCAAACAACAGCAACCUAUAACCUCCCUCUCAUUUCCUCUUAUGUCGGUCCCCUAACACUGCACGUGGACGCAGCGACAUAUAUCUCAGACACCGAGGUCCGGAAAACCGCAUUACAUGGCCGGGGGCUGUUCGCUAAACGCGCCUUCCAAACGGGAGAGUUAAUCUGUGUGGAGAAAGGCUUUGUGCUUCCUGGAUAUUUUAUUAAUGAUAGGAGCAGCGAUUGUCUGUUGUAUAAUCUAGGAAAUGGAACGGCGGCUCCAAGGCCGGGCGCGUUGCUGUUUAAGGAGCUGGUGCAGAAGUUGAAAUGGAAUCGGAGUUUGAGGAGGGAGUUUUUUGAGCUGGAUGAUGGGGGUUACGGGGAUGAGCAGGGAGUGGGAAACGGGGAGGGAGAUGAAGAUUGGAUGGUUGAUGUCUUCCGUAUCGAACGCAUCCGCACCCUAAACUGCUUCUCCGUACCCACCCGCUCUCUGGAUCUGCUCUCCCCUACGUACAAUCCCCACUCCAACCCUGAAAUGCGAAACGGCUUCUGGAUCCACGCCUCCUACAUCAACCACUCCUGCCUCCCCAACAGCGUCCGCACCUUCAUUGGCGAUGUGCACAUCCUACGCGCCACAAAACCCAUUGCUCCGGGGGAGGAGAUCACACAUCAGUAUAUCAGCCCAGACAUCGAUAUCAUGGAACGCCAGGAGAAAUUCAAAGUGACGUGGGGGUUUGAGUGCGAUUGUAGGCUUUGCGAGAUAGAUGGUGGGAUUGGAGAAGAGGUGAGAAGGCAGAGGGUGUUGUUGUUUGAGGAACUGAAAGCUGCUGUCAUGAAGUUGGGGGGCCAGGGACCGCUAACGAUCACAGCAGUUAAGAAGAUUGCAAGGAUGACGGGGAGGUUGGAGGCCGAUGGGGAGAAGGAUUUAUAUGCUACCCUGCCUCGACUCGCGCUUGUGCAUCCCACGUUGUUUCUCACGGAGGCAUGGCGCGGGGUUAAGAAUGUCGACAAAAUGAUCGAGUCUUCGAGGAAACUGCUCAGGAAUUUCGGGCUCUUGACGGUGGUUGAGGGAGACAGGUUCGAGGUUUCGUCGAAUGCUGGGUUGGUUAAUGUGGAGGCUGUAAGAGCGCUCAAGUAUUUGGCGGAGGGUUAUACGGCAAAGGGGCAGCCAACACUAGCUGAGAAGUGUCGCGAGAUUGCAAGGCUGUGGUUUUUGGUUAUUACAGGUGCGGAAGUGGGGAUGGAGGAGUUUAUGAAACAGUAA